AUGUUUACGCUGACACAUCCCACAUCGGCCGAGGCCGAGCUUGGGAAGUAUAUUCGGGACAGCUUGACUUCUCUCGUUUUUUUUUUUCCCCUUUGUUUGCUUCUUUCUUCUCCUCUUUUAGCUUUUGUGAACCCGAAAAUUACAAUUAUCUUAAUCAUGUCGGAAAGAGAGAAGAUGCUCCGUGGUGAGCUGUAUUGUGCUUUCACCCCGGACCUGAUUGCUGCUCGGACACGCUGCAAAUGGGCUUGCAAUCGAUUCAACCGAGCAGACGAAGCGCCUCGUCGGCAACUGGUCGAAAUGUGGAAAGACAUCACCGAGGACAAGACCCCACUUCCCCCACAAUUGGACGAUGCAGAUGCAGAUGCAGCUCUUCUUGAGCGAGAGCCCUGGGUAGAAGCUCCCGUGAAAGUCGACUAUGGGUUCAACGUCAAGCUAGGUGAAGGCGUCUUCAUCAACUUCAACUGCGUCUUCAUCGAUACGUGUCCCAUCAUUGUUGGUGCUCGGACUUUGUUUGGUCCUAGUGUCCAUAUCUAUUCUGGUACUCAUCCGCUGGAUCCUGCGUUGCGUAAUGGCACCCAAGGCCCUGAGACUGGGAGAUCCGUUGUGAUUGGGGAGGACUGUUGGCUGGCGGGGAAUGUUACUGUGCUGCCUGGGAUUACUAUUGGCAGGGGAUGCACAAUUGGCGCUGGUAGUGUGGUGACCAAGGAUAUACCAGCUUUCCAUGUUGCUGCGGGGAAUCCGGCCAGGGUUAUUCGCCGUAUUGAAACGACGAUGACUGAAUGA